GUUUCAAAAAUAAAAUCCACCAUUUCGCAAAAUAGACAUCGUAUAUUCAAAUUCAAAUCUAAACGGCUAGUUGUUCUGCUUCCAUCUCUCUCUCUGUCUCUUCCAUUUCCUCUCUCAACUCAAACCCUAGUUUAGUUUCUCUCUCUAGAAUCACGUUGUAAAAUAAGCGAUUAUGAUGAAGAAAUUGACACCGGUGCUGAGAAAAGCAAAGCGCAACAGUCCUUCCUCUGCCAACCCCAAAUCCACGCAAAAGCAUAGAUUCACACCCUUCAAGGACAAAGAGAACAAACCCCCUAAACCUCCCUCUAACCCUCUCAAACGCAAGCUCCAUUUUCUUCCCGAUGACACCGUUUCUACCUCCUCAGAUUCCGGCGUCAAGGUUGUUGUGAGGUUGAAACCGAUUUGCAAUGACAAAGACGAAGUUGAUUCCGUGAUUCAGAAGAUUUCUAGUGAUUCCUUGUUAAUCAACGGUCACGAUUUCAUGUUUGAUUCCGUUGCUCACAUGGAUUCUACUCAGCUGGAUAUGUUUGAGCUUAUUGGUGUGCCACUAGUUGAGAAUUGCUUGGCGGGGUUCAAUAGUUCCGUUUUUGCUUAUGGACAGACUGGGAGUGGAAAGACAUACACCAUGUGGGGUCCUCCAAAUUCUUUGGCAGUCGAAAACUCAAUAAUUGAUCAACAAGGAGGUCUUGCUCCUCGUGUUUUCGAGCGACUCUUUGCCCGCAUAAAUGAAGAGCAAACCGAUCAACUCCAGUAUCAGUGUCACUGUUCUUUUCUUGAGAUAUAUAAUGAGCACAUAACCGAUCUGUUAGAUCCAAAUAAGAGAAACCUACAGAUAAGAGAAGAUGUCAAAUCUGGUAUAUAUGUUGAAAAUCUUACAGAGGUGCAUGUGUGUACAGUGAAGGAUGUGAAUCAGCUUUUGAUGAAGGGAUUGUUAAACAGAACAGUAGGUGCAACCAGUGUAAAUUCUGAAAGCUCCCGUUCACAUACUGUUUUUACUUGUGUAGUUGAAUCACGAUGCAAGAGUAUUGCAGAUCGUACUAGCAGAUUUAAAACAAGUAAAAUCAAUCUUGUUGAUUUAGCUGGGUCAGAACGACAGAAAUCAACAGGUGCAGCAGGAUACCGUCUGAAGGAAGCUGGCAACAUUAAUAGAUCACUUUCACAGCUUGGGAAUCUGAUUAAUAUUCUUGCUGAAGUUUCUCAGACAGGAAAGCAACGGCAUAUACCAUAUAGAGACUCCAAAUUGACAUUUUUAUUGCAGGAGUCUCUUGGUGGAAAUGCAAAAUUAACAUUGCUCUGCGCUAUUUCCCCUGCACAAAGCUGUAGGAGUGAAACUUUUAGUACAUUGAGAUUCGCACAACGUGUCAAAGCUAUCAAGAACAAAGCUGUUGUAAAUGAAGUAAUGCAUGAUGAUGUGAACCAAUUGCGAGAAGUAAUACGCGAACUCAAGGAUGAGCUGCAUCGAGUUAAAACAAAUGGUUACAAUCCAAGUGAUGGCAGUGGAGGCCAUUCAGCAGCUUUGAUCCGAAGAAGUUUGAUUUUAAUGCAGCCUAGACUGCAUUAUCCGUUAUCACUACCUCAUAUUGACGAAGAUGGUGAUGAGGAGAUGGAGAUUGACGAGGAAGGUGUCGAGGACCAUGCUAGAAUUCUCCACAACUCAAGCAAAGAUUCUGCUGGUUUUUCUGGCACAAAUGGAUACAUUGGCGAUCCCAGUGAUACAAUGAACUGUAAUAACCAAGCUAGCCUCGGCGUAGUUAAAUGUAAUACUGACUCCAUCCUCAAAUCCCCAAAUCCCAGUGUUUCGCCAACAAUCAGCAGCAGCAGAAAAAGUUUGAAGACCUUAUCAAAGCUGUCCCCAUCUCAGAAUAACAUUCAUAUUGAAAGUGACUUAGGCUUAAAGAGUGACCUAGGCAUAAAGGCUGUUAAUCAGAAAAGCAUGUCUAAUGCUCUGUCUAGUCUGACAGCUCCAAGUUUCCAUACUAAAACUGAAAAUUUGACAGCUAGCAUCCACCAUGGUCUUGAAACUAUCGAUAAUCAUCACUGCGGUGCAUCUUUUGGGCAAUCAUCGUUGAGGCUCUCAUUGAGACCUAAAGAUUCUAAGCAAAAUUUUCCAGUGGACAAAGUUAAUGUGGGAGUACAGACUUUCGUGCCGGAUAAUACUGGAGAAGAAGAUUCUGUUAUGUUGAAUUGUAAUAACUGUAAAAGCAGAAUGCAACUUGAUGUCAGUAAGAUUGACAAUAACUCAAACAUGCAGUUGGUGCCUGUUGAUUGCCCUGAAUCUGUUGAUAAACCAAAGAAGCAUGUUCUUAAAGCUGCUGAGAAGGUUUUGGCAGGAUCCAUAAGGAGAGAAAUGGCACUUGAAGAAUUGUGUGCAAAGCAGACUUCUGAGAUAAUGCAGCUCAAUCACUUGUUGCAACAGUACAAGGAUGAGAGGGAAUGCAUUGCAAAAGUAGGACAGAUACAGGAAGGUAAAAUUUUGCGCCUUCAGAGCCUUAUGGAUGGUGUUUUACCCACAGAGGAAUUUAUGAAUGAAGAGCUAGUGUCACUCACACAUGAACAUGAGCUUUUGAAGGAGAACUAUGAGCAUCAUCCAGAAGUUCUGAAAAUGAAGAUUGAGUUAAAAAGAGUACAAGAUGAGCUACAAGAGUAUCAGAAUUUCUAUGAUUUUGGGGAGAGGGAAGUGUUGAUGGAAGAGAUAUGUAAUUUAAGAAAUCAGCUUCAUUUUUAUAUAGACUAUUCAUCCGCGCCUGCAAGAAAGGAAUAUUCACUGUUGCAGUUGCCUCAUUCAUCUGAACCCAGAAUGGCAGCAAACCUCACUUCCAUUCCCGAUUCAGCAGAAGCUAGUGCUGAGGCAAACGCAAAUGAGGAAUCAAAUGAAGACAGUGUCAAAGUAAAACUUGACCAGGAAAGAAAUCAAUGGACUGAGGCAGAAAGCAGGUGGAUUUCCCUUUCUGAAGAACUCAGAGCUGAAGUUGAAGCUAACAGGUCGUUAGCUGAAAAGAGGAAGCAUGAAUUAGAUGCUGAGAGGAAGUGUUCCAAGGAACUGAAGGAUGCAAUGCAAAUAGCUAUAGAAGGCCAUGCACGGAUUUUAGAACGGUAUGCAGAUUUGGAAGAGAAACAUGUCCAGCUGCUCGAAAGACAUAGAAAGAUCCAUGAUGGAAUUGCUGAUGUCAAGAAAGCAACUUCCAAAGCAGGAGUAAGAAGUGCAGAGUCUAAACUCAUACAUACCCUUGCAGCAGAAAUUUCAGCAUUAAAAGCAGAAAAAGAAGAAGAAAGGAGAAUCCUAAUAGAUGAAAAUAGAGGGCUUCAGGAUCAACUGAAGGAUACUUCUGAAGCAGUGCAGGCUGCAGGUGAACUGCUUGUACAGCUUAAAGAAGCAGAAGAAGGUGUCAUCACUGCUCAGAAGCGGGCGAUGGACGCAGAACAGGAAGCUGCAAAGGCCUACAAACAAAUUGAUAAAUUGAAGAAGAAAUAUGAGAUUGAGAUUAGCACCCUUAAUGAGCUCCUUGCCAAAUCACGUUUGCCUAUGGAAGAAGAAAUUCAACCUACUUGUAAUGAUUUUGUUAUGCCUACUGGUGUUGACACCAACGCACCACAUAGUUUUAAUCAGUUUGAGCCGUUUUAUAAUGAAGAGGACGGCGAGCUUGCUAAAUUAGAAGAACCAUCAUGGUUCUCCGGUCAUGACAGAUGCAAUAUAUAGAAAACAUCAUGCUUGUAAAUAUUUCCUUCCAAGAAUCUUUGAAUUAGCAGUAAUCUUUGAAUUUGUGCUCAAUUGUUCAUAUUUCCUUCCAAGAAAUGAUUAUUGUUUCAAAAGAAUCCGUCUCCAAAUUCCCAAAUGUCUCUUGUGCUAAAGCCUUUUUGACUAAAAAAUAAUGUUACAUUCAAAAUGUUGCAAAUUUUUUAUAGUAAAUCACAUUUGACAUACUAGUAUUGGAAUAUUGUGCGUCAAUUUUCUUUACCACAAAAUCACAUUUAAGGUGCGUAACCAGAAUGGGUUAGCAGCUAGGCAGGCACACAAGUAGGAUUUGUUCUACUUCUAUUUCUUAAUCUAGAUGCAGAUCACUUGGUUACACUAUCAUCAGAGACACUAAAGCCAGAUUAAGAAUGUGUUUGUUGUCCUUGA